AUGGCUACGGACGCGAACGGUUCCUCGGUCUUCGGGGCGGUCGCGCGCCUCGCAGACCUCUCCAUCGCGGACAGCGCGUCGGCGAAGGAGUUCGGCGAGCUUGUCGCCGCCGUCGUCGCCGCCGACGACCAGAAGGCCGCUGCUGGCGCCGUCGCGGACAAGGCCAAGGCCGCCGGCGCCCCCAAGGCGUUCAAGGACGGCUGCCUGCUACAGCACGUCCUCAAGGUCGCCGGCGAGGACAAGACCAAGGAGGGCAAGGGCCGCGCCGCCGCGAUGCGCACGCUCGAGGCCCUGGUGGCGCUCGGCAAGCCCGCCGAGCCCUACCUCGUCAAGGCCCUCGGCCGCGCGCUCGAGGUCAUGGGCGACAAGAGCAAGGACGCCAAGGAGGCCGCCACCGACUUCGGCACCGCGCUGUUCGCCGUCCUCUCGCCGAACGCCACGGCGAUCGUCGUGCCCGUGCUGAUCAAGUCGGGCAUGGACGAGCAGGCCGUCCCGGGCUCCAAGGUCGCGGCGCUCGUGCUCCUCAAGACCCUCGUGGGCCGCGCCGGCGCGCAGGUCGCCGCGUGCAUGGCCGACUGCGUGUCGGCGUGCACGAGCAUGAUUGGCGACAUCAAGAAGGACGUCAAGGAGCAGGCGCUGGACACGAUGGCCGCCGUCUGCACCGUCGUGGGCAACCGCGACAUCGAGAAGUUCAUCCCGGACGUGAUCGACUGCAUCGCCAACCCCGCCAACACCCCCGAGUGCAUCCACAAGCUGUCGGCCACCACCUUUGCGCAGACGGUCGAGGCGCCCUGCCUGUCGCUGCUGUGCCCGCUGCUCCUCCGCGGCCUCCGCGAGCCCGUCACGGCCAUCAAGCGCAAGACGUGCGUCGUCAUCGAGAACAUGUCGAAGCUCGUCGAGAACCCCGCCGACGUGGCGCCCUUCCUGGGCCUGCUCGUGCCGGAGGUCGAGUCGGUGUCCGUCAACGUCGCGGACCCGGAGUGCCGCUCCGUCGCCAAGCGCGGGAAGGAGUACCUCCUCAUGGCCGGCCAGGUCAUGUCGGCGGACGAGGCCGAGGUGCCUGUGUCGGCCGACCCGGCGGUGGUGGGCGCGGCGCUCAAGGAGGAGAUCGGCAAGGCGGGCCACAAGGGCGCGGUCGACGAGGACAUGUUGACGUACGUGGCCGCGCAGUGCGCGUCGCUGAUCGCGCGCCGGUCGUUCGCGGCCGCGCAGUGGCAGGGCGUCAUCACCGAGUACCUCGGGACGCCCGCGGCGGUGGCGACGGCCUUCAUGGAGCGGUGCUACAAGGAGGCGGCCGACAAGGAGAAGAACGAGGAGGAGGAGGAGGACGGCGAGGACCUGUGCGACUGCGAGUUCUCGCUGGCGUACGGCGGGAAGAUCCUGCUCAACAACGCGCGCCUGCACCUCAAGACGGGCAAGCGGUACGGCCUGUGCGGCCCGAACGGCGCGGGCAAGUCGACACUGAUGCGCGCGAUCGCCAACGGCCAGAUCGAGGGCUUCCCCACCGCGGACCAGCUGCGGUGCAUCUACGUGGAGCACGACAUCGACGGGUCGAACGCCGACACGCCGGCCGUGGACUUCGUGGCCGAGAACGAGCUCCUGCAGAAGAUGGGCGUCACGCGCGACGACGUGGAGAAGAUGCUCACCUCGGUCGGGUUCACGGAGGAGCUGCGCAACAAGCCCGUGGGCUCGCUGUCGGGCGGGUGGAAGAUGAAGCUGGCGCUGUCGCGCGCCAUGCUGCAGAAGGCGGACAUCCUGCUGCUCGACGAGCCGACGAACCACCUGGACGUCGCGAACGUCAAGUGGCUGAUGGACUACCUGAUUGGCCUGGAGCGCGUGACGUCGGUGCUCGUGUCGCACGACUCGGGCUUCCUCGACACGGUCUGCACGGACAUCCUGCACUACGAGAAGAACCUCAAGCUGAAGAAGUACCGCGGCAACCUCUCGGCGUUCGUCAAGCUGCGCCCCGAGGCCAAGUCGUACUACGAGCUGCAGGCCACGCAGAUCAAGUUCACCUUCCCGGAGCCGACGUACCUCGAGGGCGUCAACUCCAAGGGCAAGGCCAUCAUCAAGGUCACCAACAUGUCGUUCCAGUACCCCAACACCCCGAAGCCGCAGCUCACGGGCGUGUCGGUGCAGUGCUCGCUGUCGUCGCGCGUGGGCGUCAUCGGCCCCAACGGCGCGGGCAAGUCGACGAUGAUCAAGGUGCUCUGCGGCGAGACGUCGGCCACGGAGGGCCACGUCUGGCGCCACCCCAACAUGCGCAUCGCGUACGUCGCGCAGCACGCCUUCCACCACCUGGAGAAGCACCUGGACAUGACGCCCAACGAGUACAUCCGCUGGCGUUACGCGUCGGGCGAGGACCGCGAGGCCGCCGGCCGCGUGGACCGCAAGCUGACGGACGAGGAGAAGAAGAAGAUGGCCGAGGCCAUGAACUUUGGCGGCGUCAAGCGCGUGAUUGACAAGCUCGUGACGCGCCGCAAGGGCAAGAAGGGCUACGAGUACGAGGUGCAGUGGAAGAACUCGUCCCCCGAGGACAACAUGUGGAUCCAGCGCGACCAGCUCGUGGAGACCGGCUUCGAGAAGAUGGUGAACGAGUUUGACGCCAAGGAGGCGGCGGCGCAGGGCAUGCUGGCGCGCCCGCUGACGCUCGGGAACGUGGAGAAGCACCUCGGCGCACUCGGCCUCGAGGCCGAGUUCGCGACGCACAACCGCGUGCGCGGCCUCUCGGGCGGCCAGAAGGUCAAGGUGGUGCUGGCGGCGGCGACGUGGAACAACCCCCACAUCCUCAUCCUGGACGAGCCGACGAACUACCUGGACCGCGAGUCCCUCGGCGCGCUGUCGCAGGCGAUCAACGAGUUCGGCGGCGGCGUGGUGAUCAUCUCGCACAACCAGGAGUUCAUCGACUCUAUCUGCUCGGAGAAGUGGUUCGUGAACGACGGCACGUGCCGCGUGGAGGGGCAGCAGUGGACGGCGGAGAAGGUCGCGGACAAGAAGCCGACGGAGGUGACGGACGCGUGGGGCAACACCGUCAAGGUCAAGGCGGACAAGAAGAAGCUCUCGCGCAAGGAGCUCAAGGCGCUCAAGAAGAAGCGCGAGGCCGCGCGGGCCCGUGGCGAGGAGGUCUCGGACUCGGACGACGACUGGGAGUGA